CCGGUAACGGCGCGGGACGUUGGGUGACGUGGCGGCUGCAGGUCAGGACAGACGGUUGAGGAACGAUCCUUCUUGACUGACAAAAUGGUGCCACUUGAUACUGAUGAUCUGUUGUUUCGAAUAAGAGGGGGACUUUAUUUGGAUGGAAUCCUCAACAAAACCGAUGAGAACGGAAUUAAAGAAGGCUUGUCAGAAGCCAUAAAGAAUUUGAUUGCGAAAGUGAAUUCACAGUCUUUCGUCUUAUUUGGUUGGGAGAGUUCUCUAUAUGUCUGGCCAAAAUCCCAUUCUAACACUUUGCCUACAGAACUGCAAGAGGACAGCACCUGCAAAAGCAUCUUAAAACUUGUGCCCAUUGAAGUCAAUGACUACCUUAAAAGGAUUCCUGCAAGGAAAUCUGUAAAGAUUAAACCUCUGAAAGUUGUAAACCUAGAGCUUUUGUUUGAAUUGACAAGACCUGAUGUCUUUGAAAUUGUAACUAUACAGAACAAUAAAAAUUCACGAAUCCACUUCAGACUGAUUCUCCCCGUUGAUGUGGUCGUAUUUGCUAAUCCAGAGGAUGAUUGGGGACAGCUGCAGGAGCAAUUUGUAAAAGCAGUUUCUGCACAGCUAUAUGAGAUGGACCAAUGCAUUCAGAGAUUUACAAAAGGAAAGUCUGUCCCAAUUCCGCAAGCAUUCCACUUUGAACUGCCAGAGUCUAGUGCUCUUACGACAGUAAUAUACCCUGCUGGAUACACUGAAAAGGAUCUGGAACCACUACGAAAAGAGCUACAUCACAAAUUUAGUCUACAAGAUAAACCCUAUUUGCGCCGUUCUAUGGCUUAUAGUUUUCCAAAUGAUGAUUUAUCGAAUAAAUAUCUGAAGACAAUACACAAAUAUAUCCCAUCACCAAGCUCUGAUGAUUUCCAGGUUUUUGUUGUGUAUGGAUCAUACACCUUUCAUCACUACUUGCAGGAUGACAUAAAUGAUGGUGGAUGGGGUUGUGCAUACCGUACUUUACAAACCAUUUUAUCCUGGUACAACCAUCAGGGGUACAUCAAUGUACCUAUACCAACACAUGAGAAGAUCCAAAAGAUAUUAGUAACUGCUGGAGAUAAAGGCCCUAGUAUUGUAGGAUCAACGGAUUGGAUUGGGUCUUUUGAAAUCCGGUCAGUAUUAAAUUCGUUUGGGAUUACUUCAACGAUCAUGAACAUUCGGGCAGGCUCUGAGUUAGCUUUGGCAGCAAGGGAACUUGCAGAACAUUUUGAGGUGCAAGGUACUCCAGUCAUGGUUGGUGGUGAACCUCUAGCUCAUACUCUUCUGGGAGUGGCAUGGAAUGAAGAAACUGGAGCAGUAAAAUUCCUUGUCUUAGAUGCACAUUAUACAGGAGAGGAUGACUGGGCCAGCGUAAUUGAUAAGGCUAUUGAAUGGAAAGAUGAUGAUUUCUGGGAUCCAAUGGAACCUUACAACCUCUGCCUACCUCAGAGACCACAGGGUGUUUAAAGCCACCAGCACUUGAAUACAUAUUUUUGUAAUGUUACGCCUGGAAAGUAACAGAACAGAAUUUUCAGAUGAUCAGAACUCUUAUAAUUUUUGAUCUUCAAAUCAAACCAGAAAUUGAAUGUUGCCGUAUGUACUUUAUGUAGUACACCAAUAAAAACAGGAGCUAAAUGUAUCUUUACUACUUUUUAUUUUAAAAACUUCAUAUAUAGGAAAGGCAAACUCUAAAUAUACUCUUUGAACACUUCAGAUUGUUACAAAAGGUAUGGAGGUAUGAAUCAGUACCUCUCUUUUUAAACUACUUGGUUGGUCGUAACAAAGAUUUUUAUUUGUAGCAUGCAGGUGUAUCACAUUUCAAUUAAAAUGUGGUACUAGUGAAAAUGAAGUAGACAAAUACAUGGUUUUCUUGAGUGAACGAAAGACAAAUAUUAUUACUACCCUGAGAAGGAGAUAUGACAUCAAACAUGGAAACAAAGUUUAAAACUAAGUGCAUAGCACAAAAUGGUAUAAAAAUAAUACGCUGUUUUACACGUUCUUGGAGUCUGAGUUAUAACUGUUGAAACCGAGACCAUGCCUUCUUAGUUGAUGUUUUGUAUCCUCUGCAGUACUAAAAUUUGUAGAAUCUUUGAGUUAUAGUUGAAUGAGUAUUUCUAUGAUUUGUUUCAUGACUAGUGCUAGCUUUUGAGAUUUCAAGAAGGAAACUGAGUAAAAGAAUCUUCUUGAAUUUAAUGUUACAUCUCGGUUUUCUUUUGUCAGCCAAAACGUUCCUAAAAUAUAGGUAGUUUGUAUUUUCCUCAGUAUGGUGCCAUUGUCUUGCCAUGGUGUAGUUAUUUACAAUCAGCUUGUUCAGAUGUUUUAUGACACACCUGAAACAGAUGGGACGUUGGCUCUGCCUUCUGGCUCAGAGGAAGGGACAGUACCACUGAGCCAGAAGCACUGUUCUUUCCAAGGUGUCUAGUUAUAGACCACCUUUCUUCUUCAAAUAUGCAGCUUAUCAAACAAAUGUAAAUUAAGAGAUUUUUCUUGAAGCCUGAUUUCAGUUGACUUGUUUCAAUGUCUUUAAAUAAAAUGAUAAUUUCA